GUUUUGGUCCCAGAGAACCAGAAGGUGAAGUCGGACCCUCAGCCUGGUGUCCAGGCGGCGCCGACGCUGGACGUCCUCAGCCUGUCGGAGCUUCAGCGUCUCGGGGUUCCUCACACCGACGACAGCCUCAAGUACCAGUACAGACUGGAGCAGGGCCGAUACGUUUUCCCAGCAUGCCGCGCGACCGUGGUGGCGCUCUACGACGGCCGGGCCCUGGUGCCGGGGGUCUCGGAGGGUCAGCGCUGUGAUGUCAUCCUGGACCAGACCUGCUUCUACUCGGAGCAGGGGGGGCAGUCACAUGACCUGGGCUACUUCACCUGGGACGCCCUGCAGGACGUCCUGUUCCCUGUGGAGGCCGUGGUUCGGGCGGGGGGGUACGUGCUCCAUCAGGUGACCGCCACCGACAGCCUGAAGACCGGGGACCAGGUCCAGCUGCACCUGGACCAGGUUCACCGUCUGUCCCUCAUGGUGAACCACACAGCAACUCACCUCCUAAACUUUGCCCUGAGGACGGUUCUGGGUCCUUCAGUUGAGCAGCGAGGGUCUCACGUGUCCCCAGACCGUCUCCGCUUGGACAUCAGUGUCAAGAGUUCUCUGAGCGUGUCCCAGCUGCAGCAAGUCGACAGCUGUGUGAGUGACAUCAUCUCGGCCAAUCAGAUCAUCCACAGCGAGGAAAUUCCUCUGCAGACAGCACGGACCAUCGGGGGGCUGAGGACGGUGGACGAGGUGAGACAGCUGUCUGUCUGUCUGUCUGUCUCUCUGACUGCCUGUCUCUCUGUCUCUCUGUCUGCCUGUCUGUCUCUUUGUCUGCCUGUCUGUCUCUCUGUAUGUCUGUCUCUCUGUCUGUCUCUCUGACCGCCUGUCUCUCUGUCUCU